CUUCCUCUGUCUUUCCACUCUUACACUGUCUCUCUCUCUCUCUCUCUCUCUCUCUCCCUCCGUCUUGCUGCUGUUGCUGCUGGAGUGGUGUGCUGCUGGUGUUGGAGGUGGCGGCAGUGGCAGUGACAGUGGUGGUGUGUGGUGUGUGCAGGGGGUUUUCUCUGUGCUUUAAGGGGAAUAGCUGGGAAAGCCAAUCCUGAUAGCAUAAACAGAAGAGGGGGGGGGUUUCUCCUUUUUCUCUCCCGGCGUGGCUCCAGCAGGGGGAUAUUUAUCUCUCCAGGAUGAAGCUGUGCGUGAGCGGAAGGGUCAACACAUGUAGAGCACUCAGAAAAUCUGCAGGCCAGACUUAGCCGGUCUCCUUUGGGGAUCUAACAUACACGACGGCUCCCUGUGGUCAACCCCCUUUAAACACAUGAGAGGGAAGGAACACAGACAAACCAUGAAAAAGAUAUACAUUGGCAAAACCGCCUUAAAAGUCCCCCGAAAUGGCGGCAAACAUCCAAAAAAGAGCUCUCUGCUGGAGCAGAAGGAGGACUUACGAAAAAGGCUUUCCUUCACGACACACAAGCUGGAGCUACUGCAGAGCGAGUUUGACUCCACGCGGCAGUACCUGGAAACGGAGCUGCGCCGAGCACAGGAGGAGCUGGACAAGUUCACUGACAAACUGCGCAGAAUACAAAGCAGCUACUCAGCGCUGCAGAGGAUCAACCAGGACCUUGAGGAGAAGAUCCACAGAGAUUCUCAGCAUCAUGACGACGAGAAGCGAGCUCUGAGCAGAGAGAUCAUCGUCCUCAACAACCACCUGAUGGAGGCCAAGCUCACCAUUGAGAAGCUCCAAGAAGACAAUGACGUGUACAGAAAAGACUGCAACCUUGCUGCUCAGCUUCUCCAGUGCAACAAAUCUCUUUACAGGGCCCAGCUCUCUGAGCUGCCUGCAGAUUUUCAGGAGCGCCUGACCCUGCACUUGGAGGACUCCCCUCUCUGUCACACGUACUCCGACUCUGCCUCUCUCAUUGCUAAAGUCCUCGAGAAGCCAGACGAGGCCUGCAGCAGCAGCCAGGCCUCCCGCUCACCCAGCCCUCAAGCCCAGGAGCACACUUUUAUCCUCGAACGCCUCGGACCGGGAGAGCGUCUGGGGCUGCGUGCGGCCUAUAAAUCUGACCUGUACAGCAGCGACACGGCUCUGUACUGCCCAGACGACCGACACCGUGAGCGCAGGCCUAGCAUGGACCUCCACGGCCAGAGAAAGCUGCUCUAUGGGCCCCAGAACUCCACCGACAGCAACCCAGAGGAGGGCUCGGUAGGGUUGAGGGCCGGGUUCUCGCAGGAGCACUUUGCCAAGUUCCCUCCACCGCUGGGUGCAGGGUCCAGUUCCUACUCCAGCUUCAGCGGAGCGGGGUCUGAAGACAAAGGUAACGGCCCACCCAGCAGCGCUGCUUCAUCCCCGCACCACCACUCCCUCUACAUGGAGUGGAGGGAUGCAGGGGACUAUGAGAGGAAGAGUGACUCAUCCUGGGAGAGAGACAGUCCAAGAGCCUUUGCAAACGCUCACCCCUUCCAGCAGACAGAGCUGAGCCACCACCAGAACGGCAGCUCCCCCGUCUACAGCCGCACCAUGUCCUCCUGUUUCAGCGAGCCCUACGAGCCGCUCCCGCCCUCCUCAUCCCCGAGCGUCGCCUACGGAGACAGUCGUCGGGGCAGCACUUUAGCCCCCGAGGAGGAGGAGCUGAUCGGCAGAUGGAGGCAGCUAAGCGUCGAGGACUUGAGCGCCCACUCGUACCGCAGCCCAGGUCGAGCUUCACCUUACAGCUUCUCGGAGCAGCACUUCUCAGUCCGGCCGGCAAAGAUCCGUCUCGGGCCGCUCUACAGCAGCUUCCAGGAAGGGGCUGACUACUACCACCAAGCAGGGGGGGCGAUGGACUCUGAGUGGGUCGCUGCAAGCCCGAGUCCUGAAUGCAGCCCAGGUCUGCGGCAGGCUCACAGCCAAGCCCACUUGUACAGAGCAGAGGACAGUCAGGGGUCCGAGCACAGCCUCUACCACUCAGGGUCCAGCUCCAAAGACAGGGAGGGUCCUGUGGCAGCAGGCGGGCAGAGUGUGGAUUACGUUGACCCCAGCCCCAACAGCUCCACCGAGUCCCUGGACCAGAGGACCCUGGAAAUGGCCGCAGAGCUGCAGCACUACCAGGUGGAGAUGCACAGCCUGCCCCCGCAGGUGAGCCAGUCCCCACCGCCGGUCCCAGCCCCUCCCCCUCCCCCGUACAACCAAAAAUUUGGCUCUUUGGGACUCUCCAGGAAGGACAGCCUGACCAAGGCGCAGCUUUACGGAACUCUUCUGAACUGAAAGGACGUCCAGAUCAGGUUUAUUGAGCUGCACCUUCUGUUAGCACGAUCAGUUUGAUAGAAAUGGUUUAAAUAGUAGCCGG